AAUCCACCUUGUACACCUUCUCGACGUUGUGACCGAUGCAACUGACAAGGGUACAUGUGCGACUUACAAUGACAUGGAAGACGAACUUCAGUCUUCAGCACGUAUAAAAGACCUUUACCAAUAACGCAGUUGAUUGCCGUUUGUUCCAAUCCAGAUCAUCACUCACUCUCACUCGUCUCUUCUCUAUCCUACAAGACGCCAUGACGCCAAAGUCGAAUCCUCAUGUCCUCAUCAUCGGUGCCGGGCUAAGCGGUCUCACCCUUGCUCAGAUACUCCGCAAGAACAACAUCUCAUUCUCCAUCUUCGAACGGGACAGCAGAGCUGACGCCAGAGCCCAAGGAUGGGCCAUUGCCUUACACGGCCCUUUGCUGGCUGAACUGUCAGCCUCGAUGCCGGCCGACCUCGGUCCCAUCGAGCGAACCAAUCAUCUGAGCCCUCUCGACCAUAUCCCGGCGCAGUUCGUCUUUUACGACGUCAGCAAGCCCUAUUGGAGAGUCGGUGUCACGGAUGAUGAGACUGGAAAGAUUAUUCGUGCCAACCGUCAGCGUCUUCGAGACUGGCUCCUACAGCACCUGCCGGUGCAGUUCAACAAGCGUCUAGCACGACUCGAGGAGCAAAACGACAAAGUUGUGGCGCACUUCGAGGAUGGAAGCUCGGAAGCUGGCGAUAUCCUUGUUGGAGCUGAAGGGAGCCGGAGCUUGGUGCGUCAGCACAUCUUGGGCGGACAAGAUGUCAUGACGCCACUUCCUGUGGGCUCGCUGGUCGGGGAGAUCGAACUUGGGGUCGAUGAGAUGAAGCAUCAGCUUGAAUUGGGCCAUUCUGCGUACAUCGUUUUGGACUCAUCGCCGGAGAACCGACGGCAAGCAAGCCUCUUCGCCGCUAUGAACAAGAUUAGCCCAGACAAGAAGACCGGGUACUUUUAUUUCAUCCUUCACUGGAUUGACGUUGAAGCCGCUAAGAGCACGGAUGAGAAGCCUUUCUGGACCGUUGCCGCCUCACGAGAGGAGCUGAUGGCAUUUGCGAAGCAAUGCACCAAGGGUUAUCCUGACAAUCUGCGUGUGUUAGUUGAUAAGGUGCCUGUGGAGAGGUACAAAAAGCCAGGCAUUGUGCUGCAGAGUGUGAAGUUGACAGUUGAUCAACUCCCUGCUAGUAGGAUUACUCUGGCCGGAGAUGCCGCCCACUCCAUGACGCCGUUUCGAGGAGAGGCCGGUGUCUGCGCACUUACAGAUGGUUUAAGACUAGGUGAAGCCAUCAAAAGCAUUCGAGAUGCUGGAGGACAAGGUCCUGAUGUGGUGAAGUAUAUCGGAGAGUAUCGCGACGAUAUGAUUUCCAGAGGAACAAGAGCCAUCAGCGUGUCCAAUCCAGUGCUUGAGGAUCAUUCAAAGGACGCUGAGUAUGAGUUUUAUACGUGUGGGAAGAAGGUCCUGCCGCUCCCCGAAGAGACCAUUACCAUUUGAUUUCAAGAUGUCUCUGAAGUCCGUAUUCUCCCCUCUUUGAUAGUUCUCAAUUAAGAUCUCCU